GUCGCUCGCCAUCGCUCGCCAUCGCUGUCCUCCAGACCACCACCCACCAGCAUCGCUGCCGUCCAGACCACCACCAGCUCCGAUCGACGAGUUGUCCAAGCUGACCUCCAGCCCCUCUGCUGCUCCCUCGUCCCAGCCACUUAUACCCCCCGCACACGCCGUCAUGGCCGAUCACACCGUCGUCUCGGUCUCGGGCACCAGCCCGUCCACUGCUCUGCACAUCGAGACGUCCACCGGCUUUGCUCUCCCCGAAAAAUCCCUGCAGCGCCGGUCCACCGUCACCACCCUCCCCGACUCGGCCAUCUCCGACAUUGGCUCCAUCGCUCCCUCAGUCUCCGAACUCAGCGAUCCCGACCAGCGCUCCGUGCUUGUCCGUGCCGAUCCCGUCGACGCUCUGCGUCUCGAGUGGGCCCGACUUUCGCAGCUGCACCCUCUGCCAAAGGCCCACCUCCGAGCCAACUUCCGGUCCUUCCGGUGGACGUUUGACUACAAGUCUUUCGAUCGCACCAACAAAGUCUCCUCGCCCAUCUUCCAUGCCUUCCACCAAGCCUGGAGAGCCCAUCUGUCUCCCAAUCCCGCCAACCCCUGGCUCGAGCCCCAGGUCUCGAUCGAGUGUCUAUACCCCAUCAAUUCGUGCUCAUCCACACUCGACCAUGCCCUGGCCUUUGCCCUGGCCGUCUUUGGGCCCGACGAAUCUUGCACAUUCCGAAUCCAGCCAAGACCCCGCGACCAGUUUUUCCUCUCCGAACUGAGCGAAUGGAGCGAUCUUAGCCACAUCAAAUUGUGUGGCGAUCUGACUGCUCAAGCUUCGCAAGAAAUCUCGCCCAAAGCCACAAUCCUGAUCCAACUCUGUCUCCAACCUGUCACCCCAGCUUGGUCCAGCCCAAGCUAUAUUCCCACGCUGUCGCCCCCACAAUCGCCUUCCGGAGUCGCCCAGGCCAGCGCCAACUCCAACGCCAAUGUCGGCGCUGAAAAGCACCAUCCUUUUGCCAACGGAGAGUUCCGGCUGUAUCGUCUCCCCGAGUAUCUGCACACCUCCCUAUCAUCUUGUUUUGCCGCUCUAGGCUCGUCCGUCUCAACACACACCCCUCGCUACGGCUCGGCGCCUUCUGCAGGCGGCUCAGUUGUCGUUCCUGCAUGCUUCAGCGACGACGACAUGCUGGCUUUCUUCUACUUUGUGUCUGCCGCCGAGUCCGACGUCCUCAACGAGCUCGAACACAUGCACGCCUAUCUCGGCCACUCCGACACAUCGCUUCCACUUCGCCUGAUCCGCAUCGCAGACUAUUUCGGCUGCGAGUUCCUGGUCACAGCCAUGGCUGCCAGUCUUUGUGCAUAUUGCCCCGACUACGACGGAGAUGGCCUGCGGGUUGCUCUCCAAGUCGCUCAAACUGCCGCCGACCUCGAUCGCAGCGAUCUGUUGCAUCUCAGCCUGCGCCGUCUCCAGGGCUUGCUCGAGUGCGGCCCGGACCCAGCCAAGCUCUUCGCGGCCCUACAGAGCUACAAAGAUUGCACACCCGCGCUUCUCCAUCGAAUCGAGCUUGAGCUCGGUCUGUCGACCCGAGAAUCAGAUGAAGCCGUAACUGAGGUGCCCCAGUUAUCGCUACCCCCGAUCUCAACCGCGCUUGCAGCCACCAGGGCAAGGCCAUCCAAGCCAAAGUCGGCUCGCGUGGCCUCGGACGUCUGGACGCCCUGCAACAACGACUGCGACGAUGCCGUUGUCAACCUGAUCGAGGCUGUCUUUGACCUGGAUGCCAAGGUCCCCGAUAGCCUCGGCGACACUGCCCCUCUGGACUGGUCGCGGGCCGCUCGCAUUGCGCCGACGCACCAGCCCAAUGCCGCCGACCACGAGCUGUAUGACUUUUUGCACAUGGGGUUCAGCGACGAACUCAUGCAUAUGGCCUUCCACUCCUUUGGUGAGGGAUGUCUGCCCGACCUGCCCCCGGACGAGUUAGAUGCCUACAUCAAGUCGCGGCCGGUGCCUGUGCCCGAAGUUCCUGAGGACGAGUUCGAGCACUUGGAUCUCAGCACCCUGGACUGGUGCGAUCUCCGAGACCUCGGCGUCGAGCUGUCCUGCCCGCUGAUGAUCUAGCAAGCCCGGUAGCUCGCUCGUGUCCCAACAGCUCCAAUAGUGCCCGAUUUGUCCCGGCGUCGUCUGCUUCGAACGCGAUCAUCCGCUCCAAAUCCAAAUCCAAAUCCCGCAGCUCUCACAGAGGGCUUGCUCUUCGCCCACUCUGUCCUGUAGAUACACUCUGCUCUGCCGCCCCUGCCACCGGUGCCCGAUAGACGACUUGUUGUUAUCCGCAGCCUUAGCAACGUGGUCAUCUGUGUUUCUUCCUCCUUUCUUUUUGGUCUCUGUUCUGUCCUCGGUGUUCUUUCCAUCUCCUUUCUCUCCGUCGGUCAGUCUCUGUCUGUUGAAAAUAGAGUUUGUGAAACAAGUCA